GCUCCCCAUCCUCCUUCCCCUCCCCUUUCCCUUUCGAUUACGGCGGCGCCGCCAUCGCAUCACCUCCAUCGCAUCUCGCCCUCCUCCAUGGCUAGCAUCUCGCUCUCCAACUGCGUCCUCCUCCACGCCGAUGGCUUCCACGGCAACUUCUUACUCCGUAACGCCACCACCGCCAUGGCCUUCACCAGUCGGGGGACCAGCAUCGCGGCAUCCUUAAGCUGCCCCGAGCGUCCGCUGCUCCCCACAAUCCUCUUUGUGGAAUGCUCGGGCGUUGACUUCACCAGCGAGCCCCCACGCAUCGUCCGCGCGGUUGAAAACAUCAUCCUCUUCAGCGUUCUCAUCGGCCCUCGCCUCCCAGACCUCUCGCCGUGCGACUACGACUACUUCGUCUACCGGGUCGGGGAGGUUCCGUCGCUUCAGCGGCUGCCGUCCCCGCUUCCCACCUUCCAAGACGAGGAUGCAGGCCUCCUUCUCUGCGGGGACGACGACUUCAUCGUCGCCGCGUUGAUAGCUACAAACAAAUCUGGCGUGUACGAUCUCCACCGCUUCGACUCCAGGACUUGGACCUGGAGCCAGGAGGUGGUGCCAUUGGUGGCGCCGCAGGCUGCGUUCCCCUUCAAGAUCACCAUGAACUCAAUCCGGCUUGGUUACCAUCUCACGUCCACCGUAAUCACCAUCGGAGGCGAAGGUGGCACGAUGGGCUGGGUCGAUCUCUGGCGUGGCAUCCUGAUCUGCGACGUGCUCCACCGGAAGCCCGAGCUCCGUGGUGUGCCCCUGCCGGUGCCGAUGGACCUGCUGACAUGCAACAAUGGUCGGGGGGCUGACAUAGGAGGCUGCGGAAAAUCCCUCCGCGGGAUUGCCGUCAUCAAUCAAAGCCUCAGGUUUGUUCAUUUGGAAGCCAUCGUCUCCACCACCUUCAAGACUCUGCCUACCGAUAGCGACAGCGAUGAAGAAACAGCCGUUCCUCACUCACUCAUGUCUGACUGGGUGAUCACGACAUGGAGCAACUCCAAGAUGAGUACCUCGUGGGAUGACUGGAUCAAGGACUGCGAGGCCAAAGCAUCGCACACCACGAUCCAGAGCAAGCCCAAGUCAAAGAUGCUCAACUCUGGAUUGCUGUCACCUGAAGGAGCAAAUCAAGUGCGAGCCUUGCAGAACCUCUGGGUGUCCCACCCAGCUCCUGGCAUCAAUGAUGAUGUCGUUUACUUGCUUGCCAGAGUCAGAUUCCGGGACCCGAAGGCAUUCGUUAUCGCUCUUGAUGCGAGGAAGAAUGUUCUGCUAGGCUCAGCUGAGUUUGCCACUGAAAAGAAACGCGGUGAUGGCGUCAUGUAUUUCCCAAGUAACAUCUCAAAGUAUAUCGCCCCAGAGGCUAGGGUUCUUCCUAUUACCAAAGGUGAUGAAGAUGGCUGGGAGGAAUCAAGCCUGCAUGAAGGCACAGAAAAUGUGGAGUUUCCUAGUUUACCAUUCGCUUACCCUGGCUUGAUUGUAUGAUGCAUCAGUGCUCGAGCUGGUUUGAUGAUCUCAUGCCGUUUAUGACAUGAGUACAUAUCUGCUGCAGGGCCCUGUUUGUUUGCCCCUCAAGUCAAGGUUAUGUAAUCUAGCUAUUAAGCUGUGUGCUGUUUGACAAUCUAGAUUAUCGGUGGUUUGGAUUAUUUAGUUUUGAUGAAUUAUUAUCAUCUGCUUAUACCGCUGCUUGCUGUGCUACAGUUUAGCUUGUCACUGCUCGGUGCUGCCGAUCAAUGCUCACUGUGCUUGCUAGCUACUGCCGUUCAAGUACGUACUGCAUGCGCACAGAAAAUUCUAUGGUGUUCUAGAUUCAAAAAAAGUGGCAAGCAACGACAUUAGUACUUGUUUC